GUGUUACAUGUUACUCUUCUUGGUGAUGAGUGGGGUUCAUCUGCUGGUGGUUUGUCAACAAUAAACAGAGAGCUUGCUAUUCACCUUUCAAAUCAUUCAGCAGUGAAGGUUUCUCUGCUAGUCCCAGAGGGAGCUUGCAAUUAUGAGGAAAAAAGUGAAGCCCAUACUUAUGGAGUCACUAUUGUCGAGGCAAAGAGACUUGCAGCAUUUGAUCGUCUUGAUUGGCUAAGCUUUCCACCCCGCGAGCACUUCAUGGACGUUGUUGUUGGUCAUGGUGUGAAACUUGGUCGGCAAGUACAAGUCAUAAGAGACUCACCUCAAUUUUCAAAUUGUAAGUGGGUACAAGUGGUUCACACUGCUCCAGAGGACCUGAGCAGAUACAAAUGCUACAGUGACCCCAUUUCAAAAGGUGAAGCAAAACACGAAUCAGAAGUUGAACUUUGCAAACUUGCUGACCUUGUUGUGCCCGUGGGACCCAAACUGAAAGAAGCAUACACUUCAUAUUUACAGCGAUGGAAGACAGAUCAAGACGUUUUGUCCGUUACUCCAGGUGUUUUUCAUAGGGAGUUUGGGGAUUUAGUGGCAAAACAAGAUCCUUACGAGGAUGGCGAAUUUAAAGUGUUAUUAUUUGGUCGUGGGGAUGAUGAGGACUUUGAGCUCAAAGGAUACAACAUUGCUGCCAAGGCAUUUGAUGAUCAACGGCUAAAGAACAAACCUUAUCAUCUAAUCUUUGUCGGAGCGCCUGAAGGAAAGCAAGAAGAGGUUAGAGAAAAACUUCUUCAACGUGGUAUUGCAUAAGCACAGUUGACUGUUAGAAAAUUUAUACAAAGUAGAGACAGACUGAAAGAUUUGUUGUGCGAAGUAGCUCUUGCCAUCAUGCCAUCAAAAUCAGAGGGAUUUGGUCUUGUUGCACUUGAAGCCUUGUCUGCAGGCCUACCUAUUCUUGUUGGUAGUAAGUCGGGAAUUGCCAAAGCAUUAGAACAUGUUCCUAUUGGUCAUUCAUGCGUCGUGAAUUCAGAUGAUCCUGCAGAGUGGGGAAAAGCAAUUGAAGAUGUUCGUGACAGGCAUCGAAUGCGGCUGGAAGAGAUUAGAACACUAAGGGCGUCUUACGGAGAAAUGUACAAUUGGAAAGAACAAUGUGAAGAACUUGUGAAGAAAAUGUGGGAAAUGGUUCAUGGUAUGAUUUCUUAAAGUAAUAAAAAUUAAGUUGCAAAGUGAGUUUUUAUAUCAAGUUGAUUUGAAAUGGAGUAUUGAUCACUUCGCUCUCCCGAACAACGAGGGAGUAGUUCUUUUGUCGGUCAAUUUAUUUUUCCCCGCCUGUUUUGGCAAGAGUCGUGAUAGUACUACUGACUAAGCAAAAACUGACCAUGGCAGGCACUCCCUGGUUAUUAAACACCCAGUGUACCUAGGCUGCUCAGUGGAAAAUAAGUGUUUGUAUUUUUUCCUUUAGUAAAUUUCAAUGCAAAUUUUAACCAAUAGUUGAUUGUCUUUACAGGGUCUUCUAUAAAAAUCGACAGCAAACCAACAACAAACUCACUUUUUGAAGAGCAGAUUGUUGCAGGAAGUUCCCAUUUUAGCAACUCUGAAAAAAAAGCCUCUAUUUCACAAGGAAAGAAAACUGAAAAAUCUACGAGUAGCGAGUCUCAAAAAAGCCGUACGCGUAAAAACUCUAGACCUUCCUGUAAUCCAGGUACGAAGAAACAUGACAUUUUUUUAUUACUUCUGGCUUUUACAUUUUAAAUGGAUGGGUAAUUGUUAGAUGACUCAAAGGUGAUUCUUUCUUCAGAAUUUUAUGCCGUUUACACCGUGGCUGUGUAUUUCACGUUGGCUUCCGAAAUACUACAAAUCUGGGGACAAGAUCACAUUCAGCCAAUCACGCAACAGACAAGAGAUUUUUAAGUCGCUUGAUUAGACUAAAAUAAGUUUCUGGAGAUUCUUCGCUUAUCCUCAGUGAAGGAUUCUUAUUUUUCAGUGGUAUUUUCUUUGCUUUCAGACAUAAUUACAAGGCACAAUUUUCAAGAACUAAGUGAUGAACAGAGCAAAAUAGUCCAUGAAACUCUACAACGUCAGAUACUAUUGUACUUCCAACAUCGUACCAUUGCAACUUCAGAAGGAGUGUCUGGCCUGAUUGAAUAUAUAAAGAAGACGCACAACGUGGCCUUGGAAUCUGUGGGUUUGGGAUCUCUGGAAGUAAAGUUUCGGUGCACCUCCCUGGAGAGUCUUGAAAGUUUGUGGAAUGACUAUCAGUCUGGUCACCUUAAUCACAUUGCGGAGAGAUACCUUGUGACUGAUGACAUAAGGAGAAAACUGAACUUUGAGAAUGUCAGAUUGAAGACAACUAUCGAUGAAGAAAACUACAAAAUGUGCGAGAAGAUUUUGAAGGAAAAAUCA